GGUCCGGUCCGGCUCGGUUUGGUUUGGCACCCUCCCACAUUAAGGAUUUCGUGCAUUUGAACCAAACACGCCCUUAAGGAAACCAAAACCCACAUCAUCUUCAUCGGGGAAAAAGAAACAGGAUUCCGUAGCCAUGGCUACAGAAAUCGCAAUCAACCCGGAACCAGUUCAGUCCUUCUUCUCCAAGAUCGAAGCCCGCAGAUCCCUGUUAUCUACCAUUACAGACAUCCACAAAACCCUGACAUUACACUUCUCCUCGAUCGACCUCUCCAUCUCCCAGAAAUCCGAAACCCUUGAUGCUCGGAUCGCGUCAUUGCGGCAGGACACCGAGAAUGCCCUCAGCGAGCUCCGGAAUCGCGAGGAUGGGAUCCCGGCGCGCGAGGUCUCCAUGGCCGCCCGGGUCGAGGAGCUCAAGGCGGCGGCGAUUGCGGAUAUCGAGAACCCCCGGGCCGUCGAGAAGUUGAAGGAGAUGAGAGGGUCGGAUAUGCUGAGAUACCUCUGCAGAAGAAUGGACUCCAGAGGGCUCAUGGAGUUCCUCUUCAAGCACCGGAGGGAUUCUUCUGCUCUGCGAGCUGAGAUUUCUGAUGCUCUCCAAGAAUCAGUCGACCCCAUGAGGCUGGUUUUGGAUGCUGCGGAGGACUACGUAGGAAUGAAGGAAGAAGGGUCGGUUGGGAUGGCAGAUAGGAGGCGGGUUUGUUCCAUGUUGAUUCAGUCUGUUGUGCCACUCAAGGAAGGAUGCUGUGUUGUGUCAAGGACAUUAAAGGAAAGGGCAUUUUCUGCUCUAGAGAAGUGGAAAGGUGUUCUUGAAAAUGCGGACACGACUGGUGGUGCCAGGCCCAAUGAAGCAUCAAUGUUUUUGCAGAUAGUGGUUGGGUUUGGAUUAAAGCAGGAGUUUCAGGAGGAUUUCUUGAGGAAACUGGUUGAGAAAUUUGCCUCCAGAAGAGAUAUGCCAAAACUUGCUAUGGCUUUAGGUUUUGGGAACAUAGUACCAGAUAUUAUUGAUCAGCUGGUGAAUGACGGGAAGGAGAUUGAGGCAGCAUAUUUUUCCUCUGAGGCUGGAUUAACCGAACAGUAUCCUCCAGUUGCAUUCAUCAAGGCGUCUAUAAAAAAUUGUAAAAAAAAUGCUAGAGAUGCUUCCAAGAAGGGCAAUUUCAGUGCUGCUGCAGUGGAAAAAGCCAACAAUUUGGAGUUAGAUGCCACCAAGGCAAUCAUCCAGUGCGUGGAAGAUCUCAAGCUUGAAUCUGAGGUGCCCUUAGAGGCACUCAAGAAACGGGUAGAGCAGCUUGAGAGUGCCAAGUCAGCAAAGAGAAAUAACUCUCCAAGCAAGCUUAUGAAAAAGCGUGACCGUGACCGUGAACGUGGCCGUGCCCGUCUUCGUGAUCGCGCCCGUGACCGUGACCGCAACCGUGGCACUACCCAAUCCUCCUCCCGCCCGCCUAAAGCUGCAAGGUUUUCUACUUCCACAGCUUCUCCCUAUCCCCCUAGAAGUACUCCCAGAACACAUUUAGGACAACCCCUCCCCUUGGGGCGAUACCCCGUGGCACCAUAUAAUUACUCACCAAGCCCGAGCGUUAUGUACGAAGGGCAUCCCCCACCGUCAUAUACACCACAUUAUAACGAACCCCGUCCGCGUAGUCCUGCUUCGUACCCUAAACAUUACCCGUACCAUACCACAGCAGAGGUCGCGACCCUACACGGUGGUGGGCCCACGCACUACGGAGCUCAGGGAAGUUACGGAGAGAGUCCAGUCCCGGUCCCACAGCACUACGGGUACCCUCCGCCACCGGAGGUCACAACGGGUAGUGCACUGCGGGGGGGUGCAUCCACACACUAUGCAGGAGCACAAACGCCGGCUGCGGGAGGAAUGUACGGAGGGAAUCCGGCACCGCCACAUCACCCGCACUACGGAUACUCCACCACGGGGGUACAAGGGGCUUCAUAUGAAGCAGCGGGACCACACGGCGCCGUGCCUGGCGGCGAGUAUGCCGCCGCAGCAGCAGCAUAUGAUUAUGGGGCGGAGGCAGUGGCUGCGGCCUCUAUGACUGCAUACACAAGUUCCUACCAACCCCAGCAAUUCUAACUGCCGGUGGAGGGGAGGCAUGAGACAGCCAGCCUAUCACAGUUCUUAGUGUGAAACAUAACAUUUCUUAGUGUUAAUCUGGUGAUAUUAUAUGUUCUGUCAAAUGUUGUUUAUCACUUCUGAUAAGUUUAGCAGAUGUUUUGUUUGUUCAUUUCGAAAUGAUUUUUGCACUUUUUUUAGGGUGAUAUUUUGUGCACAAUUAUUUCCUCAUCAUUUCACCACUUUUUAGGACCAAU